AUGAUAAUAAGAAAGCCAACAAAAAUAGAAUUAAAGCCAGAAGAUGACUUUGAAGAAUAUGAAAUGUAUAAAUAAGAGUAGCAUGAAUAACUAAGUAAGUAUAAUAAGAAUCAAGAUAAUUGUAUCGGAUAAUUUGGCUCUGAUUUUGGAAUAGGUAUUCAUACUAGUAAUAGAUAUAAUUAAUAAUUAUCUUUAGGAGGGACAAAUGAUAGAAGUUUUAUUGGCGGGUCAUAUUAAUCUACCUUUUAAGGAGGAUUUAAUCAUAACUCCAGCAUAUCUGAAAGCUCAAUUAACAAUUUCAGCUCUAAUAAUUAAGCAUCAUUUGAUAGAUCUCAAACAGGUAGUAACAGUACUGAAGGAGGACAAUACAAUUAGCUUUUUUCAGCACUUAUUGGAGGAUAAAGUCUCAUCAGACCCACACAUACAGUAGGAAACAGUUAGUAAAAUCCUAAUCCAUAAACUAGCCUAAAUAACUCAAAUUGA